GAUUAAAAAUAAAAUAAUAUGAUUUGGUUUUCUGAUCGUUAAACUUAAAAAUACUGACAGUUAAUAUUUUACAUUUUAGAAAUUUCUUAAAUGUUCUAUAUUACAAAGUAUAAUUAUAUUUUAAUGACAACUACAGUGUAAAUUGUCUAUCGCGUGGAAGCUAUGAUGUAUUAUAAUUAUUUGUUCACAUGGAAUACAACUACAAAACUCGUGAUUAAUUUUGCAUGUGCGUGUGCAAUAUUAGCUAACUUUUGGUAUGACUAUUACAACCAAGAACAGACCGAAGUGAUAUUCUUUCAUGGAAACCAAUCACAAUGUGAUUUUCAUCGUAAUAAGACUACUCUUUUAAAUUAUUUAAACAGUGAAUGUCCGAUGUGCAAUGUAUAUAAAAUCAUUGGAUGGCUCAAUGAAACAAAGAAAACAUUAGACAUUUGUAUGUACUCGUUAAAUAGCGAAUUGCUCACAAAUGCAAUUAUUGAUGCUCAUAAACGUGGAGUUCAUGUGAGGAUAAUUGUAGAUGAAGAUAAUAUCAGAUCAACAUGGAAAUUUGGUACUAUGGGUAUUGCAAAAAGAGUUAAACUUAUGCAAUUUAAUGCAAAAAUGUUAAUGCACCAUAAGUUUAUUAUUAUUGAUAAUAAAAAAGUUAUUUUAGGAUCUAUGAAUUGGACUGUAAAUGCAGUCCGUAGGAAUUGGGAAAAUGUAUUCCUUACGAAUAAAUACCAAAUAGUUGAUCCGUUUAGACAUGAAUUUAAAACUAUAUGGAAACAAUUUGAUCAAUAAAUUAGUUAAUAUUAUUAACAUGAUUUUUAU